AUGCUGGCCAAUGGUUUGACCGAAGAGAACGGCACUGACCUGAGCAGAACAGUGCUAGCAGCAGCAGCAGCAGAAGCAGCGGCGGCCGAAUCCAUGGAGAUUUCAUCAAUCCGCAAUAAACUUCUCUUCGGAGAAGGCAAAAUGGAAUUUGGACCAUUGCUGAUUGAUAGGAAAGGUAGCUCAGCGACCAGUGACAGUACAGUAGCUGUGAUCAAGGAGUCAGCGGACGCGAACAAGCAGCCGUCCAGUCCAUUGCUCGGGGUUUCCGGUGAGCUGCCUAGUGAGGAUAAUUGUCCCUAUUGCAACCAUCAUUACAGAAAGGUAAUGUGCAUGUCGUUAAUCAAUGAGAAUUGGAUUUUUCCUCCGAGUACUCUUGGUUUUUCCAGUUCGUGA